AUGCAGACCCCAAGCGUUUCCGAACAAUUCCUUGUGAACGCGCAAUGUGAUCCAAAUUUUCUAGCUUAUCAAACCCUUUAUGGUUAUCCAAAAACGGUAUAUCCAUCGCUUGUGCCGUCACAGUUACCACAUCUUCUUGUCCCGGCUCAGACGGUUUUCAAAAACACCAAGCAUUGCUCAAUUCCCGACUUGGACAAAUUAGCGAUUGAAGAGCCAAUUGAAGCUGGAUCGCUAAACUAUCGAAAGUCGACUAAACCAUCUACACCAACAAUUAUAAAAUCAGACGUAUUCCAUAGCCUAUUUGCUUACACAGAUCAAUCAAUUAAGAUCGAUGGUCUCGUUGUGUCGAGUUUGCCUCGCCGGCAUUCUCCAUUAUGGGAGACAAUGACGGAUGACGAACGCGAGUCAGUCCAAAGGCAGAAGAGAAAGGAGGAAGCUUUUAAAACCGCGCUAUGUGAUUCUUAUAAACGGAUUGGAAGUUGUCCAUAUGGAAAUAACUGCCGAUUCGCACAUGGCGAAAAUGAGCUUCGAAUGCCAUUACAACCUCGUGGAAAAGCUCAUCCCAAGUACAAAACUCAACUAUGCGAUAAGUUCUCUACCUACGGUCAAUGUCCUUAUGGACCACGAUGUCAAUUUAUCCACAAACUUAAGAAGGGGCUUCCACUGCUAGAGUACAACCGCGCUCUAGCUGCUGGAGCAAUUUCGCCGGCUCGCGACGAAGAAAUUGUGAAUCCCGACGAGUCGGAUUUGAGCAUUCAUCGAUCCUAUCGACGCCGCAGCAGCAGCAGCUACGACUUGUCGGACAGCGGCUACGGGCGUCCAAGCCGUCGUAAUCUGAGCAAUCAUCUCGAAAAUGAGGAAUCGAAACGCAGAAAGGUGAUCUAUCCACCAAUGCAAGUCGUCAAUAUCGAAAUGGCAACGGCAAACCCAAAAAGCAGCCGUCGAUCGCUUCCAGCGAUGAUUAACCAAGAAGACUAUCAAGCGGCAAUGGCGAACGGCAAAAUGUACGGUAAACUGGAAAAUAUUCGCGGAUAUAGUGCUCUUGUUCGCGGCGCCGCUGAGGAAACCAGCCAGAAGGUGAUCCCUAAAAAAGAAUUAUCGCUGAUUCGUGAGGAGGAUACGAUUUCCGAGAAAUCUCAAUCCGGUCCAGUGUCAACAAGAAAUGGACCUCAAACUCGAACAUCGUCUGUAAAUACCGUAACCCAAAACUCGCCAUGGUACGAAAAAAUCUUCGGAAAGAAAAUGACUGUAAUUCGUGCAGAGUCGACAGAUAGUGAAUCAUAUUUGCAGCAUGAAACGACUAACGGAAUGCCGUCCGAUGAAUGUAACAGUAACGAAGACUACCAAUAA